CAAAACUCGAUUUCUUUGCGUAAUGCGAGGAGAAUUAAAAGAGUAUUGGGUUAUUAAUAACAAAAUUGUCCAAAACAGCCUUGUGAUGUCCAACAAAGGAACGAAUAUUUUCAUUUCCCUGUCCAACAAUGACGUCAUUUCCUACCUAUAAAUAAGUUCCACUCGUCCCCCAGAAUUCUCGGUUUAAGAGAAAAAGAAACCAAAAGGCAAAAAAGACACAGAAAAUUUUGAAACCUAGAAGCUUCUAACAAUGGUGGCCGUAGCUGAGAAUCAGAAAACGAAGAACAGUCUCAAGUUCCUCUGCAGUUACGGCGGAAGAAUCCUCCCUCGUUCUAUCGAUGGAAAGCUCCGUUACGUCGGCGGUUUCACCAGAGUACUCUCCGUUCAUCACUCUAUCUCUUUCACAGAAUUGACGAUGAAGUUGGAGGAAUUUUGUGGAUACUCCGUUGAAUUGAAGUGUCAAUUACCAAAUGGAGAUCUCGAGACACUAAUCUCCGUCAAAUCGGACGAAGAUCUGGUGAAUAUCGUUGAAGAAUAUGAUCGUGUUUACGGAGGCAAGAUCCGUGCGAUUUUGUCGCCUCCUAAGCAGAUGUCACCACGAUCUAGCGGCGGCGGUGGAGAUCUAUCGCCGAAAUCGCCGUUCUCCGUCGUGGCUUCUCCAUCUCCGCCUCGGUAUUGUGUGGCUCCGCCGACGGAGAAUCUUCUCAGUAGAUUCCGUAUGAGAACUGGAGAAUACUCUCGUUGCUGUAACUGCCGUGUUCCAAACAGAGACUCCAAGCUUAUCUGGCAAUAACGUCAGACGGAGAAAUAAAAAUGGCUUAGAAAAAAUAAAUGUGAAAAAAUGAAAUCUAGGGUUUUAUGAUGUGUUGUUGUAUGUGAAGAGAAGGAAUUAUGAAAAUUAGUGAAAUUUUGUGGUCGGUGAACAAACGGAGAAGUUGACGGAAUAUUUUCCCGGCGGUUAUUAACCGUUAACUUUGCCGUUAAGAUAUGUGGGCAACGUACGACGUCAGUUUUAUUCAAUACGUGGUAUGUUGCGACUGUUCCAGACGUGAAACGUGUCGUAGUCAGAUGCGAGUACACGUGUGUAUUGUGGGGAUCAGUGGAUGUGUAUCCUCACACGUGUACCUCUGUUAGAGUUUCUUAUUUUGUUUCCUCAGCAGAGGUUUUGCUCUCCAUUCAUUGUUUUUGUAUUUUGCUAAACUUUCAUUUUGUUUUUGUUUGUAUAUUAUAUAGAUUUAUAUUGUAC